CUCAACUUUGAUUACAUACCGGUUCUCACUCACGCACGCACGCUGCACACUUCGUAUCUUGGCUUGUCUUCGAAAAACAGAGAGAAAAUUCUGUAGCUGCAGGAGCGGAUAGAAUUAAGAACAGAGAGAGAUGGAGAGCUUGGUGGACGGCAACGGAGGAGGUAGCCGUCGGGUGAUGACCGAGCUGAGCCACAUCCAAGAGCUGGUGAAGCAGCUCGACGUGCAGCUGGGAGGCUGUCCCGACCUCUGCAAGCACCUGGCGGCGCAGAUCGUCACCGUCACCGAGAAAUCCAUCGGCAUGAUUAUGUCCGGGCAUUUCCACGGCCCCAAGCGCUCUGCCACCGACGCCGGCAUCGACUCGCCGGCCUUCCCCGCAACGCCCAGCCCCACCGGUGGCGUCUCCGGCAUGCCUAAGAAGAGGAAGAUGAUGGAGAAAGGGGAUCGUCGGGUUAGGGUGAGCUCGGCGGCAGGAGGAGCGGAUGCCCGAGAGGACGACGGCUUCAGCUGGAGGAAGUACGGGCAGAAGGAGAUCCUUGGAGCCCAGCACCCAAGGGCAUACUACCGUUGCACGCACCGGAAAACUCAGGGAUGCGCGGCGAUCAAGCAGGUGCAGCGCGCCGACGAGGACCCGACGCUCUACGACGUGACCUACCACGGCACGCACACGUGCCUUCACAAGACGGCGGCAGCGGCCAAGGUGCAGCCGGCGACGCCGAACCCGGACGCGGGCAGCCUUCUGAGGAGCCUGAGCUCGAGCCUGACGGUGAACACCGAGGGCCUCACGCCCGGGCCUCAGCAGUCCACGCCCUUCAGUUUCUCCUCGCCGUCCGUGAGCGGCCUGACGGCGCCGCCGGAGCACUACACGUUCUCCACUCCGUCGAUGUCGGAGAACUGUUUCGGGCAGGGCGUGUCGCUCUCGCCGUCCCUGCCUGAACUCUCACCGGCGACCUCGGACUGGAGCUACAUCCCGUUCGAGGAAGAUUCGAGCAUAGUGUCCGCGCUGGUCUCUGGGACGAGUAUACCGGAGACCGCCUUCUCCCUCGACGAGUUGUUCGACCCCAACUUUGACGUUUCUUUCUUCCUUGCCGAGAUGUGAUGGCCAGGAGAGAACGCAUCAGUAGAUAAUUAGAGAAGCAUCCACCUUCUACGUGUGAGUGUGGCUUGCUUGUUGUCCAGCGACAGAAGAAGGAACAACAUACGGUUCUUCUUCCUCUUGGUCAUUGCAGGCGUACUGCUGAACAAUGUUGAAAGAGUUAGGAGAUGAAAUUAUUUUCCGUUUUUC